AUGAUAAUUUUGCUGAUUUUCGCACUAAUUCAUGGCUCUGAUGGAGUUUCAUGUAGCAAUGGAUUCACUUCAGUGAAUAACAAAUGUUUGAUGGUAAGUUAAUAUGACAGAAAUCGUGAAUGCCUUCCUAUUCAGUUAGUAACUUCUGACCAAACACACAGUGCCGCACGUCGCGAAUGUAAUCUCAAUGGCGGAAACCUUGUCUCAAUCUACAAUUCAAUCGAUAACACAGCAAUUGCUCAAUUCGCAACUUCGAGUUCGGAUCCAAUUUGGAUUGGUUUGAAUUGCCCGAAUGAUCAUGAUGCGAGUUCUUGUAUUUGGGAUGAUCAAGCUGGGAAUGCGUCAGGUGAGAACAUUUAAAGGAGCAUCCUGUGAAACAGCUCUUUUAUACUUUAUAGUUUUGUCCAGAAAAGAUUUUGAGGGACUUGAAGACACAAAUACCCCCAUUUUUAGGCUACAACAACUUCAUCGCUGCAAAUCCAUCAAACGAUGUAGGAACUUGUGUAUAUAUGCUAACUUCUGGAUCUUUGCGAGGUCGCUGGUUUAGUGGAAAUUGCGAUAACAUGGCGAUCAGUGCAGUUUGUGAGACUAUCCCAUAUGACCAAUGUUUGUAUGGUUAUAAUGGUUACUGCUAUUAUCCACUUGGGGAGUUGAACCAAACCGAAGCUCAAAAUGCAUGCUCGCAGAAUUGUGGAGGAAGUUUGGUGUCGAUUCAUUCAGCGGCGGAGAACACUUACAUUUCAAAGAUCUUCAAAGACUCUUCAAAAGGUUAUAUUCGAAUUGGAGCGCAGCUUUCAAGUGGAAAUGUGAAUUCUUGGAUUGAUGGAUCUGUCUGGGAUUACACAAACAUCGGAUAUCAAAACAAAGGUCUCGGAUCGUGUUACAGUAUGUCAUUGAUCAAUGAACUUGUUGUGCCUGGCAAAUGGAUUAGUUCGAAUUGUUCCGCGUUACUUCCGUCGAUUUGUAAACAUCCGCAAAACACACAAUGCGUAACUACAACAACACCUUCACCAACACUUGCGCCAGCGCAAUGUAGUGGUGUCACGUAUGUUACAGAUAGUGGAAAGGUAAGUCCCCAAAUUUAUGGUCUAGAAUUUCAAUUAAAAAAACUUAUUUCAGAUUUACUCACCAAAUUAUCCUUAUUCCUAUCUUUCCGUCGAUACCGCACCAUGUUAUUAUGUUCUAACUGUAACCACAGAUACUGCAGUAAUUUGGUUCACCGAUUUGAAUUUGGAUUCAAAGUCAUCGAUCCAACUAUACUCUAGUCUCGACACACAAACUCCAUUUGCAAUUAUUGAUCAAAAUUCGCAAAAUAAUGCUACUUUUGAUUCACCGACAAAUUUAAUCAAAAUGGUUUUCAAACCAUGCACAUCAAAUUGUGGAAGUUCUGGGAAUUCCGACAUUUUUAAAUGGAAAGCGAUUCUUGCUACACAAUACACUAAUCCGUGUGGACAUCAAUUAAACACAAAUGGAAUAAUAACAUCUCAAAAUUAUCCUCAGAAUUAUACGAACAACUGGAGCUGUAAUUCUUUGUUGUACAGUUCGAGCAGGUAGGUGCUAGACUGGGAACAAACGCUUUAUGAUACGUUUAUUUUACAGAGUUCAACUUCAUUUCACCGAUUUCUUGACCGAACUCAAUUAUGAUUUCGUGAACAUUUACGACGGCCAAGAUUCGACACAACCUCUUCUUGCAAGACUUAGCGGGAAUCUAGUGGGAACAAAUUUGACCUACACCUCAACUGGACACUAUUUAUAUAUCCUUUUCACUACAGAUCAAUCCAAUGUAUAUCGAGGAUUCAAAGCUUUGUUUUAUGAUUAUCCUUGA